AUGCCAAAGGUUGAGUUGCCAGAUGCAGAGGAUGUGGAGGAUGACGAAGAUGAUGAAAUGCACAGAAGACCGGAAUCUGAGGUGCUGGCACUCCCCUCCGACUUCAGCAGCAGCGAGCGUCAGACAUUUGGAUUAGAAAUUCUUGCCACCUUCGAGAGACGCAUCCGGAUGGGGCAGGCAUAUGACCUACUCAGUGCCAUCAAGGAAUCACUAUGGCAUCAAGGCGCAUUUCUCAGCGACAAGACUAAGCACGUGCAGGGACAGAAGGACAACACUCGAGCCCAGAGGAUGAUCCAGAGUGUGGCCAAGCACACACGAAGUCUCGCGCGGCGAUACAACCACAAUCGACAAAGGUUGAUCGACCUCAGGAUGGAUGACGAUGACUCGCCCUUACGCACGAUCGACCUCAAGAAGGACCUAACUAUCAAAAAUAUACGUGUUGCACACUCGCUCGGGGAUAGCAAGGAAGUGCGUGUGUGGUUCUGGAAUGUAGCUCCCCCUGGAGCGACAGCUCAAGAUGUUGCAGCUUGGGCUGUCGAAGUGGAACGAGUUGAAUGGUUCCGAGCUAGCGCUGAGAAAGCGUGUCACGACGAAGAGGUCAACAAACUGCACGAAGAGUUUCGAUGA